AUGCAUGUAGCGAGUCACCUGCAGGGUAGUUCGCGGGAUCUUUCUGAUGUAAUUCCUUGCAGAAGAAACAAAGCAGGUUCUUGGUUUCUCGCUCGUAGGGGAGUCACGUGGCUCAAGCGGACACCGCACGUGUCCAUACCAUCACGUUCCCGAAGCGAUUACCGGACUCCACGGUCUAGUCUGAUCUCCUCUGCCGUGCCACGGUCUUCCAUGUCCGUCCUUUGCCAGCGAGUACUGCUGCUAGCAUCGGUUGCGAGUGCUGCACAGCUGCCGCGGCUUCACCCCACUGCUGCUUCAUCGCUGGGCGAGGGCACAUGGUGGGCCAAGGUGGGUGAUCACCUUGUGCACGCUCCAGCCACAGACAGUGGCCUUAGCUCCAAUGUUGGGGAUUACUACUAUGCCUACGGUUCGCAUGGAGCGUUGACAGACGAACUCCACGAGAAGCGUGUCGGCGGCGCAGGCCGCUUGCACAUCUUCCACCUUCCGGAGGGCAAGGACUCUCUGGCCACGCAGCUGCCAAAGGUGGCUGGACGCCGGGAUUCCGUCAGCGCAUUGGUGCAGCUGAGCCAUCAGGACGUGCUUUCAGAUGCACGGCUUUUCCCGGCCUACGAUGUGCCGAAGGAUUACAGCUCAGGCUUGUCUUCGGCUGCUGAGCGCGUGGAAAAGCAGGCAGUCGACUCCAUUACGCCGAGCUCGGCCAUGCGCCAGCUCAAGGAGCUGGUGGCUCUGGGCGAUGGCUCCACCCAGACUCGGAGCUACUCCAAUCCAACGGCGUCUGCCAAUUCAGUUAGCUUUCUUGAGAAGAAGUUCAAGGAGAUGGGCUACUCUGUGUGCAAGCAGCAGUUUGGAGAGCAAACCUCCGUGGUCGCGAGUCUUCAGGGCAGCGAUGCCGGCGCGGGCUCCGUGACCCUCGGAGGGCACUACGACUCACGACCCUUCGAGGGCCUAGCACCGGGCGCUGUGGACAACGGCAGUGGUGCCGCCGCGGUGCUCACAAUUGCCAAGGCGCUGGCGGAUGCCAAGCGCACGGGGAGGAAGCGCUGUGUGCACCUACCUGAGGAAGCUCUCGACUGGGACGAGCGUGAAUGCGACUUGUGGUUUUACACGGACGGUGAUUUCCACCCAAGAGAACCAGCUGCGGGCAACUGGCAAUAUUGUCGCGGCAAGGAAAGUCAACCUGGUCGAGUCUCAGUGAUCACUGUUACUACGGGAGAGAGGCAUCGAUUUCACGAACUGCUUUUCUGGAACUUCCAGUGUCAAGUUUGGGACGACAAGGAGUUGAUUGUCGUGGAGACCUACGAAGAUGAGCCAAGUUCAUUCUUGUCGGGCAAAGCUGCAUGGAACAGCAACAUGAAGGUCAUCAGCUUGCAGCGGCUUCCUGACGACGACUUGUCGAUUGGGGUGAAGAGGAAUAUUGGUAUUCAUGCUGCAAGCGGUGAGCUUGUGGCCCACCUCGAUGACGAUGACCUCUAUGCUCCAGGAUAUUUGGCGUUCAUGGCAACGAGGAUGUCCCACUUUGAUGGUGCAUCGGCUCUGAAGCUCUCGAGUUGGUACGUUGGAAAUGCCGAGGCUGGCGCCUUCGGAUUUUGUGAUGCCGCUCGGCUUGGGCGCAAGCGUCACAUGAGCAGAAAAACACCUGCUGUCAAGAUGGGGCUCUAUUCGUUUGGCUUCACGCUGAUCUACAAUAGGGAGAUCGCCCUGAAGCAUCCCUUUCAAGACAAAAACCUCGGGGAAGACUACGACUGGUGCAUGGAGUUGAUGGAGCAACGUGGUACUCGCAGCAUUGCCCUCAUGCCUGAUGAGUUCGGAGUGUGUCUGCACGUGCAGCAUGGCGAAAAUGUGUCAGAUGUGGAUCCUUUCGUCUACACAGAUGUGCCAUUGAGCGAAAUUCGUGCCCUCAGAGUCGUUGACUCUCCCGGCUUCCCCAGCUUUGUAAAGCUCGCAGAGCUUGUAGCUCGGGUCGACGAAGCCCGGAAAGGAGGUGCGCUUCCUCCAAAGCUGGCCAAAGAAGCUCGCGACGCAGGCAUCAUCAGUGAUAAUGUCAAGCCUCAAAAGAGCAUUUUCUUCGCAGCUUUCGCUGCAGAAGAGCCUGGGCUGCUUGGCUCCGAGGAGUAUGCCAAUCGUCUCAUGAAGUCGUCAGCAGGCACCAGCUUCGCAGAGGCCGGCUCGAACUUCAGCCAGCAACUGUUCACCAGGCUUUGCGGCGAGGAGCCGGCCUCUUCUUUCUUAGAGGCCAACACUCGGGGGAAGGGUUCCCGAAACAAGGCCAAGCAUCAGGCCCUCGUCAUGGAUGAGAUUGCAUGGCGCAGCACGAACAUAAAAGCGAGCACAGGCCCGGUGGUCAAUCUUGAGUCGUAUGAUUGGGCUAAAGAUGUGCUGGACCACCUCGCGGGUGCCAGCCAGGCACACAAUGGAAAGAGCUUAAAAGUAACGCACAGUAACAAUCCCUUCGGAUCUGAUCACAUCAGUUUCUUGCAGAAGGGUAUCCACAGCGUUCUUUCUAUCCAUGGGGAUGACGAGGGCUACCCCCACUACCACCAGUCUGCAGAUAACUUAGAUCAGGUGGACCCCUCGCUUUACGCCAUGAUCACCAAGAUGAAUGCCGGUGCUGCUGCCCAGCUGUGCGCUAUCGAAGCAGUGCCGUUUGCAGAGAAGCAGGCCUUGAAGAAGGAGCUUGGCCAAUGCGAGCGUGUUUCUGGUAUCCGGCUGGCUGAUUUCUGCUCCUGGCUCAGCGGGGAGGACGUGGCCUCCAUUCCCUUCCCGCAGGCCUCGUCGUGGGGUUACUGCGGUUAUCAGCACUUUGAGGCGCUCUUCAAAGACCUGAAAGACUGCAAUCGCGCUUCUGCAGACUUUAGUCAGCUGCUGACACAGGUUGGCAAGGACACUGGCUGCCGGAGUCGUUGGAAAAAUUGGAAGCUCUACGGAGCGCCGAACGCUGCGCAGCUGGAAUUCACUCCGCAGACCUCCCCAAAUAGACAGUUAAGCUCUGAUGGCCAAAGGUUAGCGUACAGAUCCGAGACAGAAAAGCAAAGCCCCGCUCGAGGCUGCACAUGGCUGAGCAGCAGGGCGGACAACCGUUCCCGUGUGAAGAGGCAGUUUGGCUCCUUGUCGAACUGUGCUUUCAGAGUCUUGCUUCGGCAGGAACAGAAUGCCAGGAAGCGUGAGCGGAUUUCGUGUGAGUUGGACAGGUCCGAAGCAAACGCCUUCUUCGAAGAAGCGCUCGCAGCAAGCUUCCUCAACAUCCAGCAGCUUGGUUGUAGCAGCGUUCAGAUAUUUGACCACCUUUCGACAUACUCGUUCGAGCAACUCGCAUGCUGCGGCCCGGCUGGCCAGAUGGCCGAAGCCCCGGUGGCAGCAGCUGGGGACGAUGACCAGCUCGACGAGAAGGCUUUAGCGGCGCUCAUCAAGGCGACGGGAGGCAGAAGAGGUUCUACCGGGCAGAAGAAGCAGAUCUGCGGCGAUUGUGGUGGCGUGAUCACCACCCUCCUGCUUUCUGGCGGUGAGUAUGCUGAUGGGUGCGAUGCCUGUUGGAAAGCCAAUGGCUACGAGGGCGACCCGCCGUGCAACGUCAAGACGUCACAGUUUCAGCAGAAAGCACAGAAGCAGAUGGAGAAGGCCCAGCGAAGAAGAGAUCAGAAAACUCCGGCGGAGGUGCAGGCGGAGAAGCUGCAACUCGCGCGGCAACAGAAGCUUGAGGAAUUGAAGGCGAAGUCCCCACUGAAGCAGGCCUUGGUGAGCCUCAUCCAACACAUCGAGGACCAAAGCAUGUCCGAACUCGAGCUCUUCCACGAGAUCGACCAGAACGGCGAUGGGAUCCUGACCAGAGGCGAGAUGGCGGCCGCUCUGAGGCGCCUCGGCUGUCCGCUCUCGCCUUCGGAGCUUGAUGGCGUGCUGCGCUGCUUCGAUGCCGACAAUUCUGGAAGCAUCGAUUUUGCGGAGUUCUACCAGCUGCUCCGAGAGGAGUCGCACUGGAUCGAACAGCGCGAGGUAACCAAAGAAGAUCCACGCCUUUGUGGUUUUGCAAUUGGAGAUCGUGUUCGGCUCAAGUGCCGGCUCUUUUCAGAUCUGUCGAAGGCAUCGCUUCUCAAAGAUGAUUUCCAGGUCACGGCUGGAAAGGUCAUGGGUCCAGGAAAGAAAGACGGCAUCAUCACAAUCGACCUGGAUAAGGGUGGAGGGGAAAUGACGGUUAAGGCUGAACUGCUGCAGAAGCUCACCGCCACUAAAGGGCAUCAUCAUGGAUGUCUGUGUGAAGUGUGCUUCAUUGAGUGUUAUGGCACCGACUACUUUGGAUAUCCGCCCGAUGAUGAGGAGAACCCUUACGAACCACAUUCUCCGCGCUCAGCCCACUCGCCAUCUGGAGGCAUGAGCCCGACGUCAGCUGGUCGAUCUGGAUUUAGUCCCGGGUCAAGCCCGAGAUCACCUGCAUCGCCUGUGAGGAAAACUUUCCCGCGUCAGUGCCACCAAGAUGCAUAUGGACAGAAUCUGGUCGCACAAAUAGCCGGAGAAAAGCUCUGGCUUCUGUUUCCGCCUAGCAGCACGUGGCUCGGCCCGCACCGUCUCCCAUAUGAGGACUCCUCCACAUUUACUGAUGUGGACCCCUUGAUUCAGCUGCCGCCGGGGUGCACCGGCGUGGGCGUUAUUCUAAAGCCCGGCGAUGUGCUAGCUGUUCCGCGGCACUGGUUCCAUGCAGUGUCCUGUCUCAACAGUUCGGUGUCCUUGUCCGUGAAUCAGUGGCUCGAUGCUGCCGGAGAUGAAGAGCAGCGGGUCCAUGAGGCCGUGGCACGAUGCCUUGCAACACCACUGGUGGAAGCAAGGCCUGAGAAGUGGUGGCUAAACCCCGACGAGGAGCUGCUGGAGACGAGCGACAACAUCGACUUCUUGGCGUCGGCACUCCAGGUAGCUUCUGAUGAUUACCAGGACCUGCCAGUGGAAGCCGUUCAAGCAGCGCUACUCCGCGCAGCGACACAUCCCGAGGCGAGCCAGACCAUAAGUGCGAGCAGGUGCACUCGGGUCUCAAGCUUUGGAAGUGACCACAGCUUCGGACGGACUGCUCUUAGGUUUCAUAGCAUGUCAUCGGGAGGUUGGAUGCUCGUGUAG